UUCAGAAGUUUUCACGCAGCCAGAAUAUAUGGAAGCUUUAGCUAAAGAAUUCGAAAAAGAGGGUGUUGCUGCUUUGAGAAAUCAGGAUGUGAAUGCACAUUUGACGAAAAACUCACAAAAUGACAUCAACGUAGUUAACUACGCUCACAAUAAGAAAGUCUCUGGUCACAGGAAAUCCGAAUCUCCAGACUCUUUCAAGAAAUACACCGAGGCUGUGCUUUACCCAGCGGAUCUAAUCAGCAUCAGCAAUAAUAAGCGCAACAUCGACGAGAUCGAUCGUAGCGGAUUCUCCGGCUUCAACAAGCGGAACUUCGACGAGAUCGAUCGCAGCGGCUUUUCCAACUUCAACAAGCGUAAUUUCGAUGAAAUCGAUCGUUCGGGAUUUUCCGGCUUUAACAAACGUAAUUUCGACGAGAUCGAUCGCAACGGUUUUUCUGGCUUCAGCAAGCGCGACUUCGAUGACAUUGAUCGCAACGGAUUCUCGAACUUCAACAAGCGCAACUUUGACGAAAUCGAUCGCAACGGCUUUUCCAACUUCAACAAGCGCAAUUUCGAUGAAAUCGAUCGAUCGGGCUUUUCCGGCUUCAACAAACGCAACAUCGACGAAAUCGAUCGUUCGGGAUUUUCCGGCUUCAACAAGCGUAAUAUCGAUGAAAUAGAUCGUAAUGGCUUCUCCGGCUUUGAUAAACGUAAUUUCGACGAGAUCGACCGUAGCGGCGUUCCAAGCUUCGCCAAGAGAUCUUUACCGUCGAGGUUCAAAGGCGUCGGCCAUCGAAGACGUUGAGCGCAGGUCCAUUCCUCCUUUUAAAUAGAUAAGACUCAACAUGCAUUUAACAAGCCGCAAAUGCGUGUUUCACUGACACGAUGAGAGAGCAAUUGGAAAAAAAUAGUCUUUCGCUAUGUAAACUAAUUAUUCCUGUUACCCAUAACUUCUAUAUACGCGGAAGCUAAGAACAUGCAAAGACAUCAUCUCUUCUUUCACUCUGAUGCUUGAAUUAUUCUUUAUUCAAUAAUGAAUAGAAUGCGUUGAACGUUAUUGCAUAUUUGUGACGUCC